GGCAACACAAGAUCGUGGACACAGCACAAUGCUCCGCAAGCGAGUGACGGAGAGUUUUGGUGCAGCCAUCUCCAACCUCAACGUGGCUCACCUGACAGAUACAGUAAUUCACAGGAGUAAGAGGAUGAUUCUGGACACACUGGGAGUGGGGCUGCUAGGGACAAAUACAGCAGUCUUCAGCAAGGCUCUCAAGUACAGCCAGGGGUUCAAAUCAGUGGAGCGAAGCAAUGUGUGGGGAGGAUCAGGGCUGACACUUUCCCCCCAGUAUGCUGCUUUUGUUAAUGGUGUAGCGGUGCAUUCUAUGGACUUUGAUGAUACGUGGCACCCUGCAACCCACCCUUCGGGUGCAGUGCUCCCUGCCCUACUGGCCCUGGCAGAGACUCUGCCCACCCAGCCCUCUGGCCUGGACCUGCUGUUGGCCUUCAGUGUGGGCACUGAAGUUCAGGGCCGACUCAUGAGGUUCUCCAAGGAGGCCCAAAACAUACCUAGAAGGUUCCACCCUCCUGCUGUAGUGGGAGUAAUGGGAAGUGCAGCAGCCUCAGCUAAGCUCCUAGGCCUCUCCCCGGCCGAAUGUGUCCAUUCCCUGGCUAUUGCAGCCUCCUCCGCGGGGGCCCCCAUGGCCAAUGCAUCUACCCAGACAAAACCCCUCCAUAUUGGCAAUGCCGCCUGCAGAGGCCUGGAGGCUGCCCAACUAGCCCGUCUUGGUCUGAAGGGGAACGAAACCAUCCUGGAUCAUGAGUCUGGAUUAGGGGUAUUCUACUCAGACUAUAGGCCCUCAGAGUUCCCUCAUCCUGGUAGUGGAUUUCAAUGGGUUCUGGAGGACCAGGAUGUGGCCAUCAAGCGCUUCCCAGCCCAUCUGGGAAUGCACUGGGUGGUGGAUGCUGCCUUGGCAGUCCGGGCAAAACUCAGAGCCUCUGGAGUCCUUGACCUUGGUCAGGUCCGUAAGGUGGUGCUCCAAGUGCCUCCAUCCAGGUACAUCGACUGCCCCUUCCCAGCCACUGAGCACCAGGCCAGGCAUUCAUUCCAGUUCAGUGCCUGCACAGCCCUGCUAGACAACGAGGUGUCCGUGGGCUCCUUUAGCAUGCUUCAGAUUGACAGGCCAGCUCUGAGGGACCUUCUAACUAAGGUCAGAGUUGAGAACCCUGAAGACAACCACCCAAGCUUUGACAAGAUGUACUGCGCGGUGAAAGUAGAGAUGGAGAAUGGUGAGAAGAUCACAGCCAAGUGUAAUACUUUCUAUGGCCACUGGAGAAAGCCGUUGAGUCAGGAGGAUUUAGUGGGAAAAUUUGAGGCUAAUGCCUCCACUGUGUUAACCCAAGAAGGAUUUGAGGGGGUUUUGGACAUUAUAACAAAUUUAGAAAAGAGUCCAGACUGUAUAGCGUUGGGAUCAUACCUUCAGAUGACCAUUCCAACAACCUGUUUCUACAGAGAAGCAUGUCUAACCAAAAUUCCAGCGUUGAACUAAAACGUAUGCUUUGUCUGAAAAGACACAAAUACAUAGCGUCACAAUUGACAACAAUAAUGUAUAAAUAGGAUGAUUUUAAGCAUAAAUUCAGUCUUGUCCAAAAUUGAGACUUGUAAGACUUUAGGAGAUAUCAAUAUUUCCAUUGAAAUGUACAGAUUUUUGUAGUGGCUGAAAGGUUGUUUUAACAAGGACAUUGCCAAUAAAAACAAUUGCCAUUUUGAUGCAGUCAGCUGGGUAGGACUUUUAUGGUUUGAUUUCUGUGUAUUAAUAAAAAUAAAAUAAAAACAUAAUACUUAUUGGCUGAUCCUAUCUGAUGACUACCAUAGACAUAGUUAAUUUGGAAGUCAAGUCCAUUUGAAUACAUUAAAAUAGAGGAUGAUUUUGAUGGCCAUGUUCAAAGUUUAUUUAUGAAAUGCACCGAAUAACAUAGUCAUCCUCUACAAUGAAAUUCUUGUGACAUGGCACACGACAUAGUAGUAAGAAUAGUAGUAAGUAAAAAUAUAGCAAUAAUAUACAUAAAGUAAACUAGCAGCAAUAAAAUAAAAUAAAUAGUAGGAUGGGGAAUAUGAACAAUAUGAGUGGAAGUAUUGAAUAUUAUAUGUACAAUGGGUGUAUUAUGUUUAUGAAUGGUACAUACAAAAGAUGUAUAUUCUAUGUAUAUUGAAUGGAUUUCAUGGAUUUUACUACUAGGACAUUUUGGGUCCUAUAUUCAUUUCUGUACCAGGUAUCAUGAAGUAUUGUAUACCCUAGUGAUCACAACCCCCUCAGCUACAAUAAAAACACAUAAAAACAGACUUCUGGGCCUCUAUUUCCACACUUUU